AUGAUACAGUCGUGCUAUCCAUUCAAUGACGAUUGGCCUGUUGUUUGUCAAGUAUGUGCAUGCUUAUGUGAGCGGAAUGAUGAUCCAAAGUUAAAAGAUGACCAUACUGACAUACUCGAUUCAUUUUGUUUGGAUCCAAUUUCAGUAGAUCUUGGAUUUGUCGUCACUGGAGUGAGGUUCAAAAAACGUGAAAAUAAAAUUCAUCUUGAACUACAACAAGGAAAAUUAAGAGAUGGAAAAAUAAUCGAAGGAAGCGUUUCUUGGAAGCAUACGAAUUUUUGUGAAAACCACAAAAAAGUUAUUGAUAAUUUUAAAGGUUGGACUUACGAUGGGAUGAAAGUUGUAUUGGAAGAUAUUAUUCUACCUGAUAAUGCAGUUGUUCCAGGUAUGCUUAAUUUAAAUUCAGGUUUUAAAAUUUUGACUAUUGAUUUAGUGCAUGUAGGUCCAAAAUUAAUGCCACCUACGGCUUUCAAUGAGACAAUUACAGAGCUCAGUCAGUCAUACUUGCAAGAAGUCGUUACGAACCCUCCUCAGCCAAUCAACGGCAUAGGCUGGUACUAUCAAGGCCAACCUAAGUACGGAGGCUACUUGGCUUUGAAAAUUUUUGUGAAAAAAAAAAUCCAUGAUGGAUAUAUGGAAGGAAAUGUAUUCGCUCAUGAACAUUCAUCGGUCGCUCAAUUUAAUAGUUUAUUCGUAACCAGUUUCGAUGAAAGAAACUUAAGAAAUAGUAAUCGAUGCAGAGGCGAUUGCGAUAAAAUUUUUUUGGAAAAAUACAACUCUUAUAAUCGUGAGAUACAUGAAAAAUAUUCCGUAAAACUUUAUGCAUGCCAGCCAAUCUUCACUGGGAUAAAAAUUCGCUGUCAAUUAUGUGCUUGUUUGUGUGAACGUACUUUUGAUCCGAACUUUGAAGUAUAUAAGGGAGGUUUACUUGAUUCGUUUUGUUUAGAUCCAGUUUCAGUAGAUCCUGGGUACGUUGCAACCGGAGUCAGAUUAAGAAAACAUGAAAACAGAAUUCAUAUCGAACUUCAACAAGCUAAGCUCGAAAAUGAGAAAUUAAUUGAAGAAACUAUCUCUUGGAAGUCUACAGAUAGCUGUGAAAAAUCACAAAAAGUUAUUGAUAAUAUCAAAAAUUGGGAUUAUGAAGGCUUCAAAGUUGCGUUAGGGGAUAUUAUUUUACCUACGAAUGCAGUUGUUACAGGUUUUUUUCUUUAA